UGGGCAGGGCCCCGGCCGCGGGGAAGAGCUCGCCCUGCGUUGUUGUGAGGGGAUGGGGGUCAUCCCGCGCGGUGGUUCCUUACCGCCGCCGCUUUUGAGCGAGGCUCCCCCAAAGGGAAGAGUGUAGUUCCUCCCCUUGCCGGUGUCUGCGGAAGGCAUCGCCCGGGUUUGGUGAGCGGAGGUCUCGCCUGGCCUCGCAAGCAGCCUGAGGCCGGCCGCCCUUCGGGCGAGCGUGGCCCUUGCCCACCUGAAGGAAAAAGCAUAGAAGGGAUGUCUCCUUAAGCAGAGAGGAGGCAUUAGACGUAGUCUGGUUGGAGAGAAAUGUUUUUCAGUGUGGUGGAAAAUAAAUCCAUGGUUAACCAGAGUGGCAAAACUGGCAAACAACUGAAAAUGACAUCCUAUUUGGCUCAAGAGGUUCGCCUUGCUAGAAGACACGAAGAGAUACUGUCUCAGAGAUCAGUGCUGCUACAGCAGAUGGAGACUUAUCUAGGAGACAAAAAGACUAAAAAGACAUGGCAAACUCAAGCAGCUGAUGCAGCUCAUAAAAGGAAUGCAGCACUUCUAAAUGAUAUAGAAGCAGCAGAAAAAAAGCUGCAAGAAAGAGUGUAUUUACUGCCACAUCCUGAUACUGUUAAGUUAGAAACUCUCUACUGGGCGUCAGUAGAAGAAUCUCUUCCCAAGUGGGAAGAGUUCCUUUUAGGAAGAGCAGAAACUCCUAUUGGUUUUAAGAAAAUGAAAUCUGCAAAAUGGAACAUAAGCUACCCAGAAGAAGAUUCACAAAAAUAAACACUUUGGUUUUGUUUCCUAACUUCUGACUUAAGUAUUCCAUUGCCUGAUCAGCAUGAUAUUGUUUAAACAUGUUAUUAAAUUGUAAUGUAAAUCAUUUAAAUGAAAAUGAACUAUAGUAGAUAGUUUCCUUUCACUGUCUUGUUGUGUAAAAUUAUUUAGUUUAAGCAGUAGUAUUUUUACUUGAGAGCUUAGACCAUCGUUCCUGAUGAUGAGAGGAGCAAUCCCACUCAAAAGGGCUUUUAGGAUCAAAAGUGAGAACCUCUGGUGUAUGGAAACCCACUAGGACAAUUACUUCUGCAGUAUGAGAAGAGUUUGUGUUUUGUAAUCCUCUGCUUUUACGUGUUGGUGUGAUAAGUAAAGACAGAUUCAUGCAUUAUCUUUCUUCAUUGUUGUCUGUUCUGUGAAUGUCUUUGUGGAUGAGGGAAAAGGGAGGAAUUUAUCCUUAACAGGAAAGGCAAGCAGUUUACAUCAGACAGAAUAGCUUUGGUUUAGAACUGCAAACCCAUGUACAAACCUUAAUCAUAGCUAUAGAAGAAACACCUUGAAUUUACACUUCUUGCUUUCCCUGAUUUUUGUCGUUGUCACUUGCAUUGCUUCUACCCUUUGCUUCAGUAACCACUGCUGCCUUUUCCCACCUCUGCUUCCUCACUGUGCUGGCUGCUUUGUAUUUCCUGUCUAGAGGGCUGGAAAAGAAAAGAAAAAGUAAACAAGUCUCUGAUUUAUUUUUGCUACUUUUAGGCUGCUCUUAGUGCUGUUUUCUUUAUGAUGAUGUAACUGAUAAGUGAGCUCUUUUACUUAGACAUGAAAGUUUUGAAAGAGCCAAGCAGAAAGCUAGCCCACAGUGACUGUCCAACAAACAAACAUAUAGAAGCGGAGGAGAUGCUUUAUUUCUCAGACACUGAACAGCUUCUCAGCUUCCUCCUGCAGAGGUGUAGUAUCAGUGAGUUUUGGUUUUACAGUGGGCUUAACUCCUUGUGGAAGGGAGCUACCUUCCAGUACUGUAGUGCUUGCAAGCUUUUGAAAGUACCAGUUCAGUGGAAAAUCUUUCCAGGUGUGUAUGACUUGUCUUUAAGAAAUUUCACCCUUAUAAAGCAAGUUAAGCCUAGAAAACUUUUUUUUUUAAUUAAGAGCCUGGACUUGAGUGCUACAAUUUGAUUGAUGAAAGCUUGCAAUGAUUUAAUGGCAUGUGUGACAUCAUUCUUCCACCCCCUAAACCUGGAAGUACAAGAAAAAAUGUUGUCCCCUGCCAGCACUUUGAGGAUGUGAAAACUUAAAUUAUUACUGAUUUUUUGCCAGACUGUUAGUGAAUUAGUCUGUGCACCUCUGUGUUACAUGAUGAUAUAAAUUAUUUUUUGUAUUGGGGAUGUUUUAACUACUUGUAUUGAAACUCUGGUACUUUUUAGCAACACUUCUCAUAAAUGUCCUGAUUGCUUUGGCUCUAACCCCUCCAUACUGUUCUGUUUAAAAGAGCAACUUGAGAAUUGUGCAUUGCAAAACAUGGUUUAAUUAUUCAUUGACUGACUGUUGUGGGGAGUUCAUGUUCCAAAGAGAACUAGGGAACUAACUUCUAGCUGGAAAUUAUAGGAAGUCCAGGUAGUCUUGAAGAACCAGCAUUGCAGAGACUGUUCUCUCUGAAAUCAGGCACUUGGUUUUGUCUGAAUUAAAAUUAGCUGAAGAUUCACUGACAUUAAAAAAAAAAAAAAACAACUUCAACUGCAGUUACAAAUUGUUUUAUGUUUUCAAGGGGAAUGUUAAGAGUUCAUUUGAAACUUUUUUCUAUUGAAGUGUCCAUUAAACUGAUAAGUUUUAACAGAAACUGCCAUCUUAGAAAUAUCCUGUUGAGUGGGUGUUGGUGUUUGUAACAAUAACGUUGUUUUCAUAAUAUGUGAUGGCAGAUUAGCAGGCUUCUCUGCAGUGUUGUUAACAGUUGUAAUUAAGGAAUAAACAGUAAAGGGUGUCAGUCCGAUGACAAUUUCAUCUAUAGUGUCACAAUACAAAAUGUCACAAAAUAUUAGAACUGUUAUAUAACUACAAAAAUAUCAAAUUAGGCUUUCAUCUUACAAGCAGAGAGCUUAAAAAAACCUGGCAUAGAGACCACUGCAAUUUUAUACCUACUCACUGUUCUGUCAGAAAGACAAGUUGGUAAUAUUUUCUUCUGUAAGAUCGCAAUGUGGUUCUCAGUCUGACUUACGAGAGUGUGCGUGGAUUUUAGAAUUACAGAGCUCAAAAUUAAAAAGCAAAUAAUUGGAACUGAUUGAAAAGACAAGAAGGGAAAAGCUAUUACACAUGAAGGCACUAAGGAAAUUAAAUACCCAAAAAGGAAGGUUGGGUGAGCAGUUAGUUGCUGACAAAGACUAGGAUUCAUCCUGGUCUUUGCAUCCUAAGGGAAAUCACUUAAACUCAAAUCUGGGCCCCUAAGUACUUUAUGUAUGUGAAUAAUCUAGGUCUUUAUCUCUUUAGACUCUGCCUAAACACUGGGACACAAUACAGAUGCUCACCAUCUCCUUCGUCUUUUGAUUUCCCUUGGAAGGAAAGCAAAGUGUGUGGACUUUGAGAAGAUGGCAGCUGGAUGAAUCGAGGAUUUUGCAGAAUGCACCCACAAGCAGUGCUGUAGUUUUCACUGCAAAAAGAUAAGAACACUUCCCUUAUUUGCAGUUAUGCGUUGAGCAUAGCUAUAUUAAAUAGUAUUAGGUACUCCGAUAUUGUGUUUCCAACAGUUUUCUGUUAAAUGGGACAGAGAGAUGAAGAACAGAUUAUCUUCCUUUCAAAGAAGGAAAUUACAUGGUUUCUGGGACAUAGCUUUAGAAGCAACAGGGCAGAUAGCGCAUGGAAAAUUAUACGGGAACAUGUCCAGAAAAAGGAAAAAAAGAAACACUUAAAGUGGGAGUGUGUAUAGGUGAUCGUUUGCAGAAAGACAAGGGCCUUCAGGUUGGCCUGUGGUCUAAUAUAAAUAAAUGCAAUUGCAUAUGACUGUGAAGCUGCAAAGCAACAGGGGCAGGGAGGCACACAACAGGCCAGUAAGGUGAAAAAGUGUCUCAUGAUUUGUCACAGACCUCAGAGUCAAGCAGUGGCAGAAAAAAUAAUCAUAGGGUAUCUUCUGUUACUUGGAUCUAUCAAGUGCACACUUUUUACUAAUCCUGACUUAGCUUGUCUUGCUUGUCCAUAGAUACAGGUACAACAUAUUAUCCAUAUCCAUAGAUACAGGUACAAGUAUUGUUUAAACUUGAGUAUAUUUAAAACAAACAAACAAAUAAAAACUGAUCCUACCAGUGGGUUUGAAUGAGACCCUGAAUAGCAAUGCUUCACUGAAUCAAGGCUGUUAUUUCAAGCAUGUUGAUUCUUUGUCAAUAUCCCCCAAGUCAUCCAAGGGCUUUUUUUUUUUUUAAGCUUAUGUAGAUUCCUACCCAUUUUUGGAUAAAUGUUUUUUUCACUCAGAACAUGACCUUUUUACUCUGCACUCUUGACUAACUGCUUGCUCUUUUGCACUACUAUACAUGUAUAAAAAAGCUGCAAUUGUCCUAAGAGCCUAUUGCCUCUUUUCUGGUGGGUGAGGAAAAGCAAUUGAGAAGAGCAGUAGGGGAAACAAAUGUUUUUUGUCUAUUUGUAAGUUAAUAUUUGAGUAUUUUGUAAGAAGAAAUACUAAAUCUCCCUUUUGUAAGUUUAUGCACAGAUGAGUAACCACAGUACUAGCCUAGGAGCACAGCCUGUUCACCCAUCUUGUCACCUCCACUGUCACGUUCCUGAGCUUUUUACUUUCUCAGUUAUUCUGGCUGUGGGGGUAGUAGCAGAAGGCAUGCUAGUUUUCCCUAGGACAAGGAAUUCUUACUCCACAUAAUCUUUCUCAAGCCUAUUAAUUUCAUUUGAGAAUACAUAUGAAAUAACAAAAGGGUUUGGAACACUCAUUACAUUUGACACUUACUAUAGUAUCCUCUUGAUUGUAUUUAUUCAGGAUCAUCUUUUCAUAAAGUCGGGAGCUAGAUUUUAAGCUGAGCUUAUAGUUCUUCGUCUCUGUCUUUUUUUUUUAUUCACACAAUGCAGCUCAGGGAUGUAGAUGUCAGACUAAAGCUCGGUUUGAGGUGGCGGGUACUGAAAAAUAAGAAAACAGAAUUUGAAAUAAAAUGUAGUUUUAGAUGCUACUUCUGAAAGAAGACAUUAUUUGCUCCGUAAUAGUAAUUUUCAUGAUAUUUUAAGUUAUGUUCAGGUACAACUUGACCUUAAAUAUCACCCCAAAGGUAAGCUGUUUUACAAUAUUUGUCAAGGUAACAACUUUAUUACUGUAAUAUCCUGUUUGUUCUGAACAAUAAUCCAUGGAUUUAAUGUGUUGCAGUUGAAUAAAGCUUUGAUCCUGUAUUCAUUGA